CCCUCCGCUUCUUCUCCUUCUCCUUCCACUCAUCAGCUAGCUCCACAGUUCCACUUCCGCGACAGCUCCCCGAGAAGAGCCCUAACUAGCUUCAUCUUCAUCGCGCCUCGCCGGAAGGCAUGGACCGCAAGGACAAGUCCCGCAAGUCCUCCUCGGCAGCGUCCAUGGCCGCGCUCGCCGCCGCAGCUGCGGCCGGCGACGUGGCCCGAGCCGACGGGAUGUCCGGCGAGGAGGACCAGAAGCUGAAGCUCGUGAACGUUCCCGUGGUUUCCGUCGGCGGCUCGAGCUCCUCUGCCGCGGCGGUGGCGGUGAGGAGGGGCAGUGGUGCUGCUGGCGCCGUGGCGACGGGCGCGGCUGGGGCAGGCGGGCCGAGCUGCCAGGCUGAGAGGUGCGGCGCCGACCUCAGCGAGGCGAAGCGGUACCACCGCAGGCACAAGGUGUGCGAGGCGCACGCCAAGGCUGCUGUCGUGGUCGUCGCCGGCCUCCGCCAGCGCUUCUGCCAGCAAUGCAGCCGGUUCCACGAGCUUUUGGAGUUCGACGACCAGAAGCGCAGCUGCCGCCGUCGCCUGGCCGGGCACAACGAGCGGCGGAGGAAGAGCUCGGCGGAGGCCAACGGCGGCGACGGGUGCCGCCACGCCGACCAGGACGGCCGUAGCCACCCGGGGAACCCGCCGCUGAGCCAUUUCCAGAUCAGAUAAACCUACCUAAGCAUGCUCCCUCUCUUCUGUCAUGCAGCCAUGCUACUAGCUACAUAUGUAUCCACCGGCCUACGUAUGUACGUGCCUGCCUACCUACGUCUCCACUAUCCAGUGUACUAACUGGCAGUAUAUGUGGUCUCCUGUACUGCUAUAUAUUUGCUGCUGUCUGCCAAAAACCUAAGCUAAGCUAAUUGUAACCUGGGAACUGGUCAGGUGUUAGAGUGAUUGUGUGUGUGAUGUGUAAUUGUAUGGCCUAUGCAGCCGAGACUUCUGCAGGCUGUGUAAUAUUGCUGCUGUGCUGGGAUAAUUUGUGGCAAUAUAUGCUAUCUAUUCGAGUAA